GUCCGAUUCUUCUCACGCUCUACCAGAAUUCUUUCAGCUUCCUUUCUCCCACCGUUUGUCCCCCUUUCCCCUCUCUCUCCCUUUCACCCCUCCCUCCUGCCCCUUUUUUCCGUUCCCCCCCGUCUUCUUUCCCCUCCCCCCUUCAGCACUGCUUUGACUGGAUAGCCCGUGAGUACAACAUCUCGCUGGCCAACCAGACCUGGUUCCCACGGCCCCCCUCCUCCAUCUUCUCGCACUCCCCGCCCUCCUGCCCCCCACCACCUGUGGGGGGCAAGCAGGGUGGGGGAGAAGACGAGGCAGGAGAGGGGGGGCAUUGGGGAGGUGGAGGAGGGGGGGAAGGGGAGAGCCGAGCGGCGGUGUGUGUGGUGGCGCCGCGGAACGACGAUGAGGCGUCGGGGAUGGCGGAGGGGCGGGCGGGGGCGCUGUUCAACGGCAGUAUGGAGUAUGUCAACGCAGGGGUCACGCUCUGGAGGCGCUCCCCCCACUGCCUUAAGGUAUGUUUAACUGCCUCAUGGCUGUUCAACAGCAGUAUGGAGUAUGUGAAUGCGGGGGUCACUCUUUGGAGGCGCUCCCCCCACUGCCUCAAGCUGCUUGCCAGCUGGCAUGAGGAGCCAGCGAGGCAGUACCUGUGGAGGCGCAACUGGGAGCAGCCGAGGCUGAAUGUGCUGCUCGCCAUGCCGCAGCACGUUGCUGACGUGGCAGUGGUGCCCUUCCGCGAGCUGACGGGGCACUCAGGGCGCGCCAUCCGGCACCGCUGGCUCAACUCGAUCAUGACAGAUGAGACGCGCAGUGACUUGGUCAAAGAUGCGUUGCUAGGCAGCUUCUUGACAAGCUACAUGUACAUGUUUUGA